AUGCAGCGCGCGCCCAUACGAGCUGCAGCUCGCCCCGCCCUGCGCGCAUCUGCGCCAGCCCGCCCGUGGCCCGCACGCCGCACCGCCGCGAGCCUCGCCGGCCACAAGCUGCGCAUCGGCGUCGUCGGAGGAGGGCCAGCCGGCUUCUACGCUGCGUCGCGCCUGCUCAGCCUCGACGGGUCCGACCACACGACCGUCGACCUGUUCGAGCUCCUGCCCGUCCCCUUUGGCCUCGCCCGCUUUGGCGUCGCGCCAGAUCACCCCGAGGUCAAGAACUGCGAGCACAAGUUCGAGGAGACGGCGCGAGACCCGCGGUUCCGCUUCUUCGGCAACGUCCAGGUGUGCGGCUCGACCUCGUCGUCGUCGUCGUCGGCGCCCACCUCUGUCCCGAACCCGCACCCGUCGUCGCUCGCCGCGUCCGUCUCGCUCGACACCCUGCGAGACCACUACGACGCCGUCCUCCUCACGUACGGCGCAUCGCUCGACCGGCCCCUCGGCAUCCCGGGCGAGGACACGCUCCUCAACGUCGUCUCGGCGCGCACUUUCGUCUCGUGGUACAACGGCCACCCGUACCACUCGGGCCUCCUCGCGCCCCCUUCGCUCGACUUGUCCAAGCUCGAGCACGCGACCGUCAUCGGCCAGGGCAACGUCGCGCUCGACGUCGCGCGCAUCCUCGUCAAGGGGCCCGACGCCCUCAAGCCGUUCGACGUGCCCGAGCCCGUCCUCGCCGCCCUCGCCCAGAGCCGCAUCCGCCACGUCGACAUUGUCGGCCGCCGCGGCCCGCUCCAGCUCGCCGCGACGACAAAGGAGCUGCGCGAGAUGCUCAACCUGCCCAAUGUCGCGCUCGCCACCUCGUCCGACGACGCCGCGCUCCUCGACGCCGCCGCCGCCCAGGUCGACGCGCACCCGCACAUGGACGGCGCACGCGCCAAGAAGCGCGCGCUCGGGCUCCUGCGCGCGGGGAGCAGAGCGCGCCCCGCCGACGCCGCGCGCUCGUGGAGCUUGCGCUUCCUGCGCAGCCCGCUCGAGCUCCUCCCGGCGAGCGACGGCGCCGCGACGCACGCUCCGGGCGCGCUCGAGGGCAUCACGCACCCGCAGGGCGUCGGCGCCGUCCGGUACGCGCACAACGAGCUCGUCGGUGGCUCGGACCCGUCGCAUGCGUCUGCACGCGCCACCUCGACGACGAGCGUCGCACCGACGUCGCUCGUGUUCAAGUCGGUCGGGUACCGCUCGAUCGGCCUGCCCGGCCUCCCGUUCAACGAGCGGCGCGGUAUCGUGCGCAACGACGGGCAGGGCAGGGUCGUCGAGGGCAAUGGAGAGGGCGGCGAGCGGCGCGUCAAGGGCCUGUACACGAGCGGGUGGCUCGCGAGGGGCCCGACGGGCGUCGUCGCGACAACCAUGUUUGACGCGUUUGCGGCCGCAGACGUCGUCGCGAACGACCUCGUCGAGGCCCGAGCGGCGGUUGGCGGCGGCGGGGCGGUCGAGGAGCGGCGGCCGGCGCUCGAUGCGCGCACGAUCGAGGACAACAGCGGCGGCAGGAGGGUCGUCAGCUGGGAGGACUGGGAGGUGAUUGACCGGGUCGAGCGCGAGCGGGGCCAGGCGCUCGGCAAGCUGCGUGAGAAGGUCACUUCGGUCGACGAGAUGCUCGCCCUCCUGUCGUAGAUUCUCUCUCUCUCUCUCUCUCAUAGACCGCAUCGAGCAACAUGACAAGCAGUACAACAUG